AUGAGCGAGUCUUCCAAGAAGAAGAAGAGCGGCAAGGAUGUCGAGGACGACGUCAAAUCGCGUAGCAGCAUCGGCAGCAGCCUCUCGGACGAGUCCAGUGUGCUCUCGUCCCCAUCGCAGCGCAAUCAUCAGCGCCCCAGAUUCGACUCAAAGGCUUCAUGGGCGGACUCGACGCGCUUCGACAUGGGGCGCGCUGAUUCUCGCGCUUCGGACAUGUCUGCCAGGGACUUGAGACUCACGGGACUCGGGGGACGAGCCUCUUCCAGCCACAACCGUCAGCGCUCGGACUCGAGAGCCUCGAGGUUGUCACGCACUAGCAGUCGCUCCAGUAUGAGCGGAACCAGGUCCAGGCAAUCCUCGUUCGUGUCCAACUUUGGCGUGACCAAAGGCAAGAAACGCAAAGACAGCAACGCUCUGUCCACCAUCACGGAGAACUGGAAUCUGGCGGACGAGCAGUUUGGCAGCCCCUUCUCGGAGUUCGAUGCACAGGAGCAGCCGAUCCGAGAGGAGCUGCAGAGAGGCUUGGCGAUCAUCAAUGACCACACG